AAAUAUGCGAUUAUCCAAACACGGAAAGACCAAGUGAAACGGAGAAAUCAGAAGAAGAGAAAGAGAUAAGAUGGCAGGGCCAGGGCGUGGGGUUGGGCGAGUUGGGAGCGGAAAUCGGAAGGAAUCAGCGAUGAGUCGUGUGGUGAACUCGGUCUUUGGAUUUGUAAGAAUGGCUGAGUUUGAGAUCCUCUUUGUCCUUUUCUUCGUCAUCGCUUUUCUAAUAUUUAAAGAUCUGACGUCAAGGCCUGAAUACAAUCAAAUCCUCGUGAAGAAACCGCCGGAUGGAGAUAUUUUUAAUUAAUUGGAGAUUAUAGAAGUUGAAUAUUUUUUAUAGCGUAGUUAAUUCAACCCUGUUAGCGCUAAUCUUUCUCGUGACUCUUAAAAGGUUUUAUUGUUCAUAAGUUUGUAUUUACAAAUUUGAUCACUUGAUUCAGUGACAAUUGGAAUAUUAGCAUGGAACUCACUGGAAACAGUAUCCAUAUGUAUUGGCUUUAGUUUUUGUAUUUAUUAUGAGACCUGUGUGUUUGGCCUA